UAAUUAUAAUAAUUACAAAACAAAUCAGAUAAAACGGUAACAAAAACAUGUUCGUCUAGAUAAUUUGAUCAAAUCUUGCGCGUGUCCAGCUCGAAAUUUCAACAUAUAAAGGAUGCAAUUGACAGUAGUUGUCGGAAUAGUGAGCUUCACAAAAGCCCAUAGAUACUUAACCGAGUUUGAAGAUGAUGAGUUGUUCAGUGACUGUCCCAACCAACCGGAGAAUGUACUCAAUGUUCAUGGACUCGCAAAUUUGACAGAGUUGACUUUUAGCCGACAACAGGACAAUUUACAUGUAUCAGGAAAUUUUACAUUGCUAUGGAAUAUUGAGAAAACGGAUCGCGUACAGGUUAAGCUUGACCUUUUUAAAUAUGAUCGUCGGGAGUGGGUACCAACUCUCUACUCUAUAAAAAGUACUAAUUUUUGUCCAAUAAUGUUUGAUAAGAAUCAAUAUUGGUACACAUUAUGGGUAAAAUACAUAACGAAUAUCGAUGAAAUCAAGAACAAUUGUCUAAAUGUUCCGGGGACAAAGUAUAUACUAGAUGACUUCGAUAUGUAUAUAGUAAUCGAAAAUAAAAUGCAAAAUAUGGAAGGAGAACAAAAACUACGAAUUGAGCUUAAAGCAUUUGACCAGUCAAAUAGGAUGCGUCCAACUAUCAUAUGUUAUGAAGUUAAAAUGAACCUUGUAAAAUUAGCACGAGAAGUAAAAGCAAAAUUGCCCUUAUAAACGACU